AUGAGGGAAGUCAAACCAGCACCAGCUGCUCAUCAUUGUCGCCGAAAAACCUUCUACUACAAAGAAUUGAGCACCUGCUCUCACGUAUUCCUACGAUUGGACCACGUCAAACGCCCGCUAGAACAACCGUACUCGGGCCCACACAAAGUCAUAUCACGAACCGAUGACAGAACCUUCACCAUCGAGGUCAACGGAACACAAAAGGUGGUCAACAUCGAAAGAUUGAAACCUGCUCAUCUGGCAUCAGCAGACGUCUUUCAAGACCCCGACACAACUAGUCAAAACGUGCCAAAUGAAAAGUCUUCCAUUCAACAGGCUGUACCAACUACAUCGACAACACCUAGCGCAACUGUGCCGACAGAUCAACAGCCCAGCACCAGCUCAAAUGCUAACUCAGAUUCAGCCCAGAACCAGGUUCAACGACUUCAACCAGUCUUCACCACGUUCUCAGAAAAUCUUCGCACCUACCCGGUAAAAUAG